AUGGCGGCCGCAGGCCGGAACUUCUCGAUCAUCCAUGAGAAACUGCUUCACUGCCGGUUGGUGUGCAUGUGCCCUACGAUGGACUUGGUGGCUUCACUCCACGUUGAUGGCCAGCUCUCCGUGCACAGGACCAUGGGCUGGCAACGAAGUUUCACGCUGACUCAAGAGGAUAUGGGCAAUCGUACGUUCUCAUGCGUUACCUGGAGCCCUAACGGCAAGACCCUGGCCGUCGGGUACACCGAUGGUACCAUUCAGCUCUUCGGCGUUGAGACAGGUGCUGAGGAAUGCUCGCUGGCGUUCCACGAAGGAAGGUCUCUUGCAGCCCUCACGUGGGUAGCGCAGCAACCUCGUCAUGGUACGGCCCGCUCAAGGGCCGACGAGGAAGCCGACCAACUCGCGGAAGUCGCGGCUGCCUACGCCGAUCGCUGCGAGCACGUACUGGGACCAUGUGAUCAGCUGCCUGGGGCCAACGGAGCUCCUGGUGGAGGGGUUGCGGGCCGCUCCUCGGAGUACAGCUCGCAGGCAGACGACGGCUUCAUGCUGCUACAGGGUAUGAAGGAGCGCCCGGUGAGCGUUCUGGCGAGCGCAGACUCCGCGGGAGUUGUUGUGCUUUCCAUCUGUGGAGCUUAUCGACUCAUAACCAUCGACCUCAGGGCGCACCGGAAACCCACGAAGGGCAAAGGUCGAGCCUCCGGGGGUGGAAGAGUAGAUAGCCCCCGCCAGAGACGAUUUCGAAGGUCGCCGGGUCAGGAUGGUGCUGGUUUCUCUGGACUGACGGAGAGUGAGGUCGAUAUCGAUGGCACGGGGCCUGCGUUGCGGCCCUUGCAGCUUACUCUCAGCGCGGACCUCAGCGUUUUGACUGCCCUUGUGGAGUUUGACGGACAAGUCGAGCUUAUCCAGGUGGACCUCCCCCUGCUUUGGCGUCAACGCCACGAGCUCAAGCCCCUGGCGAUGCAGUUCACCGCUUUCAGGGCUGUAAUCGGGCGGCUGGUGGUGUCCGUGCCACGGUUGCCCCAGCUGUGGAAGGGCACCCUGCAGGCGCUAGAGACCAAGCUCGGGAACCUGGAAGAUCUGCUGCCGAGAUUCGGCUAUGACAAAGAUAUCACUGCCAAGGACGAGUUCAUUCAUCUUGUGACGUGUGGGUAUGCCAGUGCUGCGCUCGCACAGUUCCUGUCGACAGGCCUGACGCAUGUCCAACUUGCUCGGAUGCGGAAGGCUGUCGACACCGGCACAGGGCAGGUGGAGGCGAUGCUUCGAGGCGACGUGUCUCUCCUGGCGCGAACCUUGCUAUUCCGAGCUUGCGACCUUCACCGGCUGGUGAUUGCUUGCACAGGCGGGGGCGGCGUGGACGGCGAUGGGGGGCUUGGUCUCGGCCAGGCGCCGGUCGAAGCAUUUCUCAAGGACUGCGAGAUGCUGUGUGUCAAGGUGGAGCAAACGCUGCGUGAUGUGCAGACCAGCCGCUCGCGUCUUCGUUUUCUCUUGCUUUGGCUGGAACAAAUGUCGCCGGUUGUGACCGAUUCCAACUCUGCCGAUGGCACCGAGGAGCACGAGCCCCCGUCACCCUGCCUGACUUUGGCGAACUCUGUUCUGACGAUUUUGAGGGAACCCUUGCCGUCGGAUAAGCCUUCCCUUUCCUCGAGAUCGACAGCAGCCGGUGCUUCGCCCCGCUCCAGAGUGGAGUCAAUGAUUGGUACACGCGUUCCGGGGCUCGCUGUGGACGAGAACCCAGUAGAGUCCCUGGAGGGGCCUCCCGCAGCUCGAGGGCCCUUGACUGGUCCAAAUCAAAAGAACCGCUUCGUCGUUCUACCCGAGGAUCCAGUGUUGGCAUCCCGCACAUUACGAGGGCAGGUACAACGCCUCGGGGCAUCCGUGGAGGAGGUCUUCCAGGCCCCGCGAAACAGACUCAGCCGCGCCGUGGCGAACGUAACUUGCGCGAGGCUGUGCCCUUCUUCUGAAGGGGGCGCUGGCGACCUCAUUAGGACAAGGGCUGCUGCUAGGGCGGCAGCAGCAGCGUCCGGGGGCGCUCCGCCGCUGGUGUCCAUGCGCGCGUGCAUGGGCUUCCACGAUAAGCUCCCAGCCGGGUGUGUAGACGUAGGCGAGCGAGAUCGGAGAGAGAGUGGAGGCGUCGUGGCGGUCACGGUGGUUCCAGACAAUACACGGGGCGGGAAGGGGUUGGACGUGGUGUGGGUGACCGUAGUGCCAACGCCGCUCCCAACUCUCGAAGGCUCCAACGUCGCGGUUGCCCCCCGGGAUUCGAUGUGGGUCACGGGCGUGAGGUCUCCGCCGGGCUUCCAAGUUAGGCAGGUAGCCUUCUACGGCAGCGUGCCAGGAGUUCCGACGCAGAAUGAGGGGAGGCUAGCGAUCGUGUUGGAACCGGUGGCAGACCGACACCAGGCAACGGCUCUCCAUCUGCUCGACCUAGACGAGCUCGGCUUUACGAAGGUCGGCUCGCUCGCUUCCUUCGACGACCACGGCUUGGCGUCACCGGCUCGGAAGGCACGAGGGGGCGGGGGGUCGAAGGAUGUGAUAGGGGCGGCGCGCGGGCAGGGUGCAGACGCUCCCCACCUGACGGAGCUAAGCAGUCGAUCGAGAGAGCUGCCUGCACAUGCCAAGGGAGUGGCUGUAGCGCUCUCCGGUGCGCGGGGGAUAGCGUGCGCCGUGAGUUCGUCGAAGCACUUGAUAGUGUUCGACCUCGAGGAGGACGAGGACGGAGAUGACGAACAGGAUGGGGGAGAAUGA